AUGAACGUAAGUGUAAAUAUCGAACUAAAACCUCUCAAUAUUGAGCCUUUAGCAAUUGCUAAAUAUUUUUACGAGCGGGGAAUUACUUCGCAUCUUUUUAUCCAAAAACUUCUUUACUUUACUUUUUUAAAGGGAUUAAAAAACGGCCUUUUAUUGUUUGAAGAAAAAUUCCAAGCUUGGCGGUAUGGUGCAGUGUUGGAGAGUGUGCACAGAGUAAUGUCCAAUAAGGACGGGAACAUCGAGUUUAGAUUGAGACGUUUGGGAAGUGAAGAUUUGUUUAAAUUAGUAGUUGGCGAUUAUUUAACCGUAGAAAAAGAUAAAGUUCAUUAUGAAAAGAUCUAUGAACCAAGGACUCCCCAACAAAAAAUCUUGCACGAAGUGUUAACUAAGUUAGAAAAUGCUUUGCAAGGUUGUGCGGAAGAAAUUGAUUUACCUUAUUUGGGAGAAAGUUUACUCACUAAGUGUCGAGAACUUGAUCUCUGA